AUGCUCGAGACCUUGACCCGGUCCCGUGCCGCGACACAUACCUUCCAAAGCUUGUCUGCAGGAUAUCGAGGAAAUUUCAGCCUGCCGCAAGCGACCCGCUCCCUCGAAGAGCGAAGCAAAGCGCUCAAAUGUUUACGGCAAGAAAUCGACGAGAAAGACUGUGCCACCGAGGUGAUCCUGUUUACAGUCAUCAUCUUAGGCCACUCGUCCGGAUGGCUCAGCGACGACACGAGCGAGUUUGGUCUGGAACACCUUCUCGCGGCCAAUACCAUCAUCAACGGCUUGCUUCGAGACUACCGGGAUGACACGAAGAAGAGUGAAUUGUUCUAUCUUGCACUCGCACCACUGGAACGCCUUCCCAUUCGCAACCCUCUCCUAGCCAAAGUCGCAAAGCGAAUGGACACCGCUGAGCGUCCUCAUUCGGUUGUGGGCAUUUCUAGUGAGCUGCUUCUUCUGCUCGGAAGCGUCGGAAGGUUGUGCCGGCGCGUGUGGGAAACAAAUGUAAGUCAUUCAACUCUCGAACGCAAAUUGGAGGCACAACUUUUGCAAUGGCAACCACCGCCCGAAACUCCGGAGCUGGAACAUGCUAUCGUUGUAGCCCGUUGUUUUCGCGCGACGGGUCUCAUUAUGCUCUAUGGCCUCGACCAAACCACGGAACGCGAAGAAUUGAUGGCCAUUCAAGUCAAGACCGUCAUUGAGAACUUGAAGAGAAUUCCAGAAUCAUCACCUUACUAUGGAUUUCAAGCAUUUGUCCUCGCCGUUGUAAGCAGCGAGGUCAUGGACAAAGAUUCUCGAGAAUUUUUCGUCCGCGAAUUCCACCAAUUACAUAAACAUAAUCGGCUUCGAGCAAACUACCAGGCCCUGCAACUGGCCCAAGAAAUCUGGGCGAAACAAGACUUGGGACGAAAAGUCACCUUACCUCAAAUCAUGGGUCAAAAGGGCUGGUCUGUUAUGCUUGGCUGA